AUGAGUGAUAAUAAUUCAAUCAUUGGCAAAGGCACACAUUGUUUCCGUCAAAGUCCAUUAGAUGUGAAUGCUGAAAUUUCAACAAAUAUUAAUUACACCGAUCAUUUCUACAUGAGAAAUAUGCAAAUGACUGCCAUAUGGCAAACACUGUCAAACGAUGAAACAAUUAUUUUACUUCAAAAUAUAACUGGCAAAUAUAAUAUGUUUAAUACAAAAAAUGGCAUUUUAAUGCCUAUUUUGGAUAAUGAAGAUUAUGCAAAUUUAACGCCUGUAGCAUCAUUUUUUGGAAUGGAUAAUGCUGAAGAAUUAACUCAACUUGCUCAAGAUGAUUAUAAAUUUUAUAUUUGUGAAUAUCUUCGUGAUUCAAAACAUCGUUUUCUCUUGCAAGAAUGUUAUCAAACAGCAUUGAUUAAAUUGGAAAAAUUUUCACAUAUUAAAUUUUGUGCAAAUCCAAUUUAUCAAGCAGUCAUUCAGUUCAAUAAUGUUUAUAAAAAUGUUAAAUGGCAAUUACAGGUGUCAUAUACAUCAACAAAUGAAAUCAUUGAUAAUAAUAUUUACAUUGUUGAUUCUGUUGAUUUAAUCACUGAUAAACAAAUUACAAUGAUUUGUUCACCAUUUAUCAUUGAUAUUUAUUUCAUUUCAAACAAUAUUCUUGUACAUUAUGCAAUUGAUUUACCUAAAAUUGAUGGUGAAACAUUAAUUGGUAAUUAUUUUUAA